AUGGUGCUACCAUUGCUACUAUUCCUUCCGUUCGUCGUCGCUGAGCCUUUCGUCUAUGUUUAUCCGGUAAAUCCGAAACUUCAUCCUCGAAAUCUUUAUCCGAUUCAGAGAAGUCUGAGAGGUGUCGAGAAGAUUCGAGAUUUGCCGCGAUCUGGAAUUGUAUAUUUGAAUCGUAUCAAACCAAUUAGUGAAGAAUUUAAAGGUGUCAUCGUCCAUGGGAACAGCACAUUCGUAAAAAGUGAAACAUCAGGUCCUCUUGCACAGUUGCAAGCCAGAAACAAUGAUACAUUGGACGAAUAUACUGAUAACCGUCCGUUCAUCAACAUGACUUCUAUUGAUUUUGACGAUGCCGUCACUGUUGACGAGACCUCAACAGGACGACCAUUUUCAACGCCGCCACCGAUGAGAACCACUAUCGCCUCGGAUCCUAGGCUGAAAUCUACCGUAAUCCCUUUGCCUAGCACCAAAUCUGUGAAAAAUCUAUUGAAAUUAACGCUAACUAAGUCGUCGAAGAAAGAAGAACACGACUCGUCAGAAGAAGCUAGGCCGAAUCUGAUGCAUUUGAUCAACUACAUCAGAACGAAGAAUAAGGUGAAUUUCAUUGAAAAGGACCCGAAAGUGGAAACGAUCAAAAUGCCAGAGGUUAGACAAGGAACAACCGAUAAAAAAAAUGAAAAGAAGGAAGUGUUAAAAAAUGCCAAAGAGGCACAAAAAGAAAUUUCUUCUCAUUUUGUUGCUAGAAGUGUGCGUAUAGCGCAGUGGUUAGAAGCUCGCUGCUAUGGAUAUCGUACCGGUAGCUAA